AUGGAACUGAAGGUGAUCCGGGACCCCGGCGACGCUCGCGUGGACAUUGUUUUCGUCCACGGUUGGCAUGGCGAGCAGCCCGGCUGGACCUCUGCCGCCAAAUCAGUGUUCUGGCCAGAGAAGCUCUUUGCGAGCAAGGUUUCCGAGGCGCGCGUAUUCUCGUUUGAGUACGAUGUCACUCUCGAAACGUUCUGGAACGAGGAAGACCUUAUUACCGAACUUUCGAACGAGCUAAUGGACCAGCUUAUGGAUCAACGCACUGAGCCGGAGAAGGAGAAACGAGCUGUGAUUCUUGUAGCGCAUUGCCUUGGAGGGUUGAUCUGCGAAAAUGCGCUCGUCCAAGGAGCUGAGCACAACGACCGGAAAGCCCUUGUCAGCUGUGUCAAGGGGCUCCUUCUACUUGGGACCCCACAUUACCACCCUGGGGUGUUGAGUGAAGCAAACAAGUACUUCGAGCUAGCGGGAGAAGAGGCCCCUAGCGAGUUUGGCCUGGAAGAAAAGUCAGACUGGGUGAUGGGGAUCCCGCGCGAGUUCGCUAAGCUCCGUGCCGCCGGGUUGGAGAUGGACAUCCAAUGUUUCUACGAGGGAUCCCCUACCGAUCUCAACGGGAAGGGAGUCAAGAUCGUGGAGAUGGCCUUGGCGCGGUGCCCCGACGGGCCUCCCGCAGAGCGGCUGGCAGCCAACCAUGUGAAGAUGAGUCAGUUCGAGGAUGAGAAUGAUCGCGACUUUGUCAAAGUGCUGCGGGUCCUGAAGAAAUGGGUGGCUAAGGUUCCCGCCCCGGAGAAAGAUGGAGGCACUACAGUCAACAAUGUCUCUCACGCCUCCUUUGCGGGAUCGACAAACUCGGGGUAUCAGUUGGGUCAGAAUGUCGGUAAUCAAAGUGGGUUCGUUUUUGGAAGAGCAUAGUGGUGGAAAUGGUAUCGUGUGGUUUAUCAGGAUGAUGAAUUCUAGCUCUGAAGCUUUCAGGAAUGAUGAUAUCGU